AUGAGUGAUAAGCUUCACCUUCAUACUAAAGAUGCUCAUGGCCACAAAUAUUUUUCUGAUGAAUUUACGUGGCUAAAUAACAGUCCUACCAAAGGGGGUGAGCACCAUGCACAAGAGACCAAAGAGAUACAGUACUAUAUGAAACUAUAUGCGCAUCACCCCCACCUAGUUUUCUGUUUCGUGGCAAAGACAAAUUUGGAUGUUUUAGUUUAA